GACGCCCGAGCCAAAAUGGCGCUCCCGGGCUCGGCGGGAACCCGCGCGGCGGUCGGCCUCUGCCGGAUCGCGGCGAGCGCGUCCUCGUCAGCGGCGGCCGGACUCUGCCGGAUCGCGGCGAGCGCGUCGUCGCCUUCGCCGUCUGCGGCGGCCGGCGGGAGGAGGGAAUGGGAGCUGCCGUUCGCGCUGGUGGCGGAGCGGGGGAUGGUGGUGGGCGGCCACCGCGGGAUGGGGAUGAACGCGGUGGGGGCGCCGCCAGGGGCGCGCGUCGGGGCCGCCAGGGAGCGGGAGAACACGCUGCUCUCCUUCGGCCGCGCCGCCGCGCACGCCGCCGUCGCCUUCGUCGAGUUCGACGUGCAGGUCACUAAAGAUGGCUGCCCAAUAAUCUUCCAUGAUGACUUCAUCCUAACACAGGGGAUUGGAGCUGUAUAUGAAAGGCGUGUUACUGAUCUUCUCUUGGAAGAUUUCCUCUCUUAUGGUACACAAAAAGAAUCUCGCAAGGUUUCCAAGCCUUUACUUAGACGGGCAGGAGAUGGUAGAGUCCUUAAUUGGAGUACAGAAGAAGAUGAUUCUCUUUGCACAUUGCAAGAGGUCUUUCAACGUGUCAGUCCUCGCCUGGGAUUUAACAUUGAGCUGAAGUUUGAUGACAGCAUUGCGUAUCACAGGAAAGACCUUGACUGUGCUCUUAAAGCUGUAUUGCAAGUUGUUUUCCAGUAUGCUAGGAACAGACCAGUCUUUUUCUCAUCUUUCCAUCCUGAUGCGGCACAGAUGAUGCGGGAACUCCAGAGCUUAUAUCCUGUACUUUUCCUAACAGAAGGAGGGACAUACAAACACCAUGAUUCAAGAAGGAACUCACUUGACGAUGCCAUCCGGGUAUGCCUAGAGUAUGAUCUGCAUGGGAUCGUGUCAGACGUGAGAGGCGUUCUCAAGAACCCAUCUGCAGUUAUCAGAGCACAAGAAUCUAACCUUGCACUUCUCACAUAUGGGGAGCUAAAUAACGUGUCGGAGGCAGUCUAUGUCCAAUACCUGAUGGGUGUACAUGGCGUCAUUGUUGAUCGGGUGGAGGAGAUCUCAAACGCUGUGGCGGGUUUCGGUAAACCAGACCUCGGCCAGAGUGGUGCUGGUGUGGACGGAGGCGGAGCAAAGCAUCAGGCCUUCUCACAACAGCAGCUGGGGUUCUUGCUCCGGCUUAUCCCUGAACUGAUUGAACAGCAACAUUGAAGGUACACCAUAUAUACCCAAGUGGCAUCCCAGUUUUGGCCCUCGAAGAGGGUCAGUUGUUGUCCUGACUGAUAGGUCCAGUUUGACAGUUUUAGGAGGUAUACUUGUGCUGAGUGCAUGCAUACACGAUUCUGUACAGUCCAAAACUCGGUUCGUGUUGGUACCGUGGUCGAUCUUGUUGCAAGUAGGUUCACCAAAAGGUUGAGCAAUGUACUGUUGGAAAUUUACAAGAUUGUAAUUCGGAUAUCCCGUUCUUGCCGGGGUAUCUGUCUUGGUUUUCAUGUUGGUAGUUUAGCACAGCAAUGUUGCCCAUGAGGCCGUGACCACAUCCAUUUCGGGCAACGGCCUUAUUAUAUCAGGCUUCGGAAUGCAAAGAAAACAAGAACAAGAACAUGCAUAUCUGCA